AUGGCAAUUUCUCCAUCUCGACUCAGCUCCCAAAUGGUACCGAAGACUCUUCCUGGUUCACCAGAGGCUGUUACAUUGGCACGGUGGAUUUGCAGGAGCUAUAGCCAUUCAGAUGCACCAGUGAACGAGCUACUUCUCUUGGAAGAAGAUGUGAAGGCAUUGGAAGAGAUGUACCCUCAAGGUGAAAAGGCUGAGGCGUCAUGGGCUAUGUCUGUGCUUGGCUACCUAGCCAAACUUGUACUGGGUGUUCUAGGGGACGUUCUUGUUACUUUUGUAUGCUUAAUGGUUUUGCUGCUGCUGAUUGUUUCAGUGGCUUGGAUUGCACAUAUUGUCAUAUAUUUGCUGAUUGACCCUCCUAUUUCUGCAUUCCUUAAUGAGAUCUUCAUCAAAUUGGAUGAUGUUUGGGGUCUGCUGGGGACUGCAGCAUUUGCAUUCUUCUGCUUCUAUCUACUGCUUGCAGUCAUCGCUGGGGCAAUGAUGCUUGGAUUGAAAUUAGUUUUUAUAACUAUCCAUCCUAUGAAGUAUGUAUACUUGUAG